UAGUAACUGAUUGAUAUAGAAAGAUUGUAGAAAGGACAUCAAUGUCUUUGACUCUUACAAUAAUAAUUCACAAAUUAUUAUAAGAAAAAACUAACGAAAAGUAAAACUUAAAUCAUUUCAUUAAAUUUAUUAGAUUAAUUUAUUUUGAUAUCUGAAAAUCGAGAAACGGUUUAUAAAAUUAAUAUUUGUAAUCUUUGUCACGUCAUCUACAAGUAACAAAAGAUAUAAAAUGUCCUCGCAUAUUAUGAGUGCAGAUUGUAGCAAAAAUAAAUAUAGUAUAAUUGCUGAACAAUAUUGUGUAAUUGAUACAAAAGAUACUAUUGACGAUAAAAGUUCAUACAUUCAAAGUUCAUCUGAAAAGUUAAUUAGCAGUGAGUUGCAAAUAGAUUUACAGUCAGUUAAUAAAUCAAAAUAUGAGUCAGAUACCAUACAAUUUUUAAUAGAUACUAAAAAGGAGAAAACUAAAGGUGAUAAUAAAGAAGAAAUUAAAUGAAAAAUUUGUAAGUGAUGGUAAUACUUAUCAUUCAUCAAAAUAAAAAAUAUUAUGUAUAUAUAUAUUUUUGUUUAUUAUAGUUUAUUUUUUUUUUAUAAUUAAAAAUUUAUUAAUAAUUUAAUAUCUAGUCUUUAAUAAUAAAUAUAUUAUUAUCACUUAAAAAAGUUCUUUAAAACAACUGAUCUUUUAAGGCUUCUAUAGAAAGAGACCUACAAGGUUUUUUCUUCUUUUCUUUGUCUUUUUAAUAUGAUAAUAAAAUCAAUGUAAAGCCAUUGGCUGAGUUAUAGUAUAAACUAGACACAGUAGUACAAUAGUGUUCAGAAUGUCAGUUCAAUGCAAAAAGAAAAGAAAAAUUUCAAAACAUCAAGAAGUUAUUGGUCAUCAAUUGAGAUUUAGUACUCACAAUGAAAAUAGUAAUAAAGACAUUAAUAUUGCUGCAUCAAUUCAACCAGAAUAUGAUGCAAGUAUAGAUGAAAAGUUACCAGAAACAGUGAAAUUACUUACUACACCAGAAGGAGGAAAACUAUAUUUAGUAGGCACAGCACAUUUUAGUAUUGAAAGUCAAAAUGAUGUUGCAACGAUCAUUCAAGCUGUACAGCCUCAUAUAGUUGUAGUUGAAUUAUGUAAAGCUAGAAUUGGUGCUAUAAACAUUAAUGAAGAAACUUUAUAUCGUGAUGCAACAGAUUUAAGUCUUAAAAAUUUAACUGAAAUAUUGCGGCAUCAUGGAGCUUAUAAUGGAUUGUUGCAUAUUAUGCUAUAUUCUAUAUUGGCUCAUAUUGUUAAGCAACUUGGAAUGGCACCAGGUGGUGAAUUCCGUACAGCAUUUAAAGAGGCAAAAAAAGUACCAAAUUGCAUUAUUCAAUUGGCAGAUCGUUCAAUUGAUGUAACAAUUCAACGUGCAUUAAGAGAAGUAUCUUGGUGGGAAAUUAUAAAGCUUACAUGGUUUGUGUUACGGUUAGAUUCUCGUAUCAGUAAGCAAGAUAUAGAGCGAUAUAAACGAAAAUGUGUAUUAGAACAAAUGAUUUCAACAUUAAGAGAAGAAUAUCCAGCAAUAGAAAAAACAUUUGUCACAGAAAGAGAUAUAUAUCUUACAUACCAUCUCCAAAUGGCUACUGCAACACAAUAUACUUCAGCAGGAUUAAUAUCACCAAGAGUUGUAGGAGUUGUUGGCAUAGGACAUAUCAAUGGUAUUGUUGAAAAUUGGGGAAAAGUGAAAGCCUCUGAUAUAUGGCCUAUUAUACGAGUCCCUCCUCAAUCUUUAUCAACUAAAAUAUUGAAAUUUACAAUUAAGGCUUCCUUGUUAGGAGCUACAAUUUAUGUGGGAUAUAAAGUUAUACCGUUACCUUCUACUAAUGUAUUGCAAUCAAUUAAAUCGUCGAUUGAAGGAUUAUUAAAGGGCAGUGCAAAAUAAUAGAGUAAUUGGAUUUUGUUUAGAAUUCUUUAUUGAUAUAUAACUCAUACUUUCUAUUAAGAAAAAAGAAACGAAAACAAAAUAAUUGUUUGCUUCAUUUUAAGCUAUUUAUUUUUAAAAAAUCCUAUAGAACAUUUUUUAGUUUUUUCGUUAAUUGCAAUAAUGGAAGCAAUUGCAUGUGCAGACAAAUAUGAACAUACCAUAUCUGGUGUCAUGUAUAUAGAACAUAAUAUACCAGGCCCUGGAAUAAAUCUGGAAGAAUUUGAGUUAGAAUAUUCACUAGGUUGUUCAUGUACAAUUCAGUGUUCUGAUUGUUCAUGUACACGUGGUUCUCCAAAUUAUAUUAAUGGUCGAAUAUUAGAUGAAACAUUAUCAAAACCAAUAAUCGAAUGUAAUUCUCAUUGUACUUGCAAAGAAAAUUGCGAUAAUAGAGUGGUACAAAAUGGUCCAUUAGAUAGUCUAUUUGUAUCAGAAAUUGAUGGAAAAGGACAUGGUUUAUUUACAACUAAAUAUAUUAAGAAAGGUCAGUUUAUUUGUGAAUAUGCUGGGGAAGUAGUAAGUAUUGAAGAAGCAAGACGUAGAGUCGAAAUGAAUAAAAAUAGUAUGAAUUAUGUACUUGUGGUUUCUGAGCAUAUUGGUGAUCAAAUAAUAGUAACAUGUAUAGAUCCCAAACAUUUUGGUAAUAUUGGACGAUAUUCUAACCACAGUUGUGAGCCAAACACGAAUCUUGUACCUAUUAGAGUUGAAGGACCUGUACCUCGAUUAUGUUUAUUUGCAUCUAGAGAUAUAAAAAUUGAUGAAGAGAUAACUUUCAAUUAUGCUGGAGGAAUUACUAAUUCUAUUCAUAAUUUCAGUCAUACAAUCUGUCUUUGUGGCUCUACCAAUUGUCAAGGCUAUUUGCCUCAUAAUCCUAUUUAAAAUUAUUUUUUUUUUAAUAAAUUGAUCUAAAAACAAAUUUAUAUAAUUGGAAAUGUCCUAAAUAUUAUAGAGUUUUGUAAAUAUAUUCAGUAGAUUUUUAAUAAUUUCACAUUUAUUCGUUAUUUUCAUUAUUUAUUUCCGAGUAAAAAUUAAAUUAUUUUAGAGCAAGUUUAUAUUAUUAUUUAUAAAUUUAUAAAAUAAUAUAUAUUUUUUAUUAAAAAGAAUAAAUAAAGAAUAAAUAAUUAUUAAUAUUGGUUUAAUAUAAAGUAUAAAAGUUAGUGUGCCAAUUACAGAGAAAUUAAAGAGAAAUUAAAUUUUAUUAUGUAUAUAAAAUUUUUUAUAUACAUAAAAUCAAAGAUAUAGACAAAAUAAAUAUUAUUUUAAUCAUCGUAACAUUUUUUAUUACAAUUUUCUAAUGUGUUCAUUAAUAAUGUUUCUAAUGUAUAAUUUUAAUGUAUUUGUCAAUAUAAAUUGAUAUCAAAAAAAAUAAUAGACAUUUUUAUGAAUAUAAUUGUUAUUAAAUUUAACUAUAAAUUUAAUAAAAAAUCAUAAAGAAAAUUAUUUUUUUAACAGAAUUAAAAUUUAAUUUUUUUUAAUAGAAUUAUGAAUAUGAUAUGAAUUAUUAUAAAGAAAAUAAUUUUUAAUAAAGUUAAAUAUAUAUUUUCGUAUUAUUAUUAUACGAAUUAAUAAUUAAGAAAUAAUUUAUAAAUCAUCAUUUUAUCUUAAAAGAAAUUUAAAAAAGAAAUAAAUAAAAUUUAAUAUUUUGGAUAAAAAAUGAUUAAAUAUAAUUAAUAUAUUAUUAAUAUAUUUCAAAUUUAUAUUAUCAUUAUUAUUGGAGCUUCCAUUUAAUGUUUUACUAAUUAUAUAUAUGUAUUGUAUAUAUAUAUAUAUAUAUAUGAAUAAAAUAUAUAUAUUACAUUUCUGUAUACAUGUAUAGUUAAAUAGUUAAGUAUUGUAUGUAAUUGUAUGUCAAUUUUUUAAUAAAAAUAUUCACGUCUUUUAAAUAA